AUGGCCCAGUUCUUCGAGGACCUCUGGGAGUCCAUCUUCACACCGGGCCCGACGCCGACGCUGCUGCUAGCCACUAACAUCACCUUUGCCGUGCUGCAGCUGGUCCUGUUUGUCCUGCUGCUGUUCACCUACUCGAUUCACUUUAUCAUCCUCUCGCUGCUCAGCGGCGGCCUCUGGUGGUCGGUCAACUGGUUUGCCGGCGAGCUCGAGGCCGUGCGGCUGCGCGAGGAGGCCGAGGCCGCCCAGCGUGGCGGCGAUGGUCACGAUGCCGACGAGGAGCGCGAGGACGUCGACACCGACACAGACAAGACGCGGCGCCGGACCAUGCGGCGCAUCACCACGCCGCUGACGACUGACAGUGAGACCGAGGGCGAGUCCGCCGCCGUCAGUCGAGAGGUCGAGCCCGUCGAGCGACGCGGCGAGCUGAAGCAGCGCAGGGCGGCCGGCGGAGCAGCAUUAGUGCCAGCAGCGGUUGCAGAAAAGGAUACAGACACAGACACGGCAGCAGGACCAGAGAGCACGGCGCCCGCAGUGUCGGCCUUGUUGCCAAGCGCCAAGAGCGUCGACCACGGCAGCCAGCAGCGGCUCUCGGGCAGCCGGUCGGGUGUCAGCACCGAAGACGAGUGGGAAAAGGUGUCGGAGAACGAGAAUGAGAUGGAACGAUUCCUGAUGAAGUGUGCCAACGAGACGGUGACGAUUGAGCUCAAGAACGGCACGAUUGUGCACGGCACGAUUGCGUCAGUGUCCCCGCAGAUGAACACAGCGCUGCGCAACGUCAAGAUGACGCCCAAGGGCCAGGACCCGGUGCCGCUGGACACGAUCAACCUGCGCGGCAGCACGAUCCGGUACUUUAUCCUGCCAGACAGUCUGCCGCUGGACACGCUGCUGGUCGACGACGCGCCCAAGCCCAAGAACAAGGCGCGCAAGGAGAGCGACCGCGCCGCUGCUGGCGGCCGAGGUGGCCCACGAGGCCGUGGUCGGGGCGGCCGUGGAGGUCCGCGAGGCGGUGGUGGUGGCCGUGGCCGUGGAUUCCGUGGCCGCGGCUGA